UUCAGUAACUUUAGAGAAUGGAUCUAUAAUUCGAGCAACAGAUAAUUUUUAUGAAAAAGCUUGGUAUAGUAAUGUAGCAGUUGCUAUGAAUUCUGAAGAACUAUUUGAAUAUUUAUCAGAUCAAGAAAUUUGUUAUAAACAGUUAAUGCCGUAUAAUAUUUUACAAAAAAUGGAUCAAUCUGAUAUUAACGGUGACAAUUUAAAUGAGAUAAAUAACAAUGAUGAGGUCAAUGAUAAUUUAAAUGAGAUAAAUAGUUGUGAUGAGGUUGAUGAUAAUUUAAAUGAGAUAAAUAACUAUGAUGAGGUUGAUGAUAAUUUAAAUAAGAUAAAUAGCUGUGAUGAGAUUGAUGAAGAUGUUCAAGGAAAUAUUUCAUCUCAUGCUAAAAUAACAAAAAGAAGGCUACUUGAAAUGCUUAUGAUUUCUAAAGCUGCUUUUGAGCAAGCAUCAAAAUUAUAUACUGGAAUAAAAUUUGAUCAUUGGAAUCAUGCAAAUUUGGUACUAUUAGCAUAUGGACAAUGGAAUGGCUUUGUAUGGUGA